UUACAGUAGCCUACUAUUGGCCAUUGACAACUAUCGUUAUACGUUUCAAUCGGCAUAGGCUGAUCAUGUGCUUCAUGUAGGCUAAAUGCUUAGUUUUUAGACUUGCCUCAAAGAGCCGGUUUAGGUGAUGUCAACACUAAACUCAUUUUGUUGUUAGAUUAUGAUUGUGCAAAUUGAGGAAAUCAAUCUGCGCAGACUUAUGCUCAUCUGAACAUGCCUUGGACGUUGAACUGCAGGUUAAAAUGGCGUUGUUUAACGUUUCAACAUUUCCUCGACUGUUUUGCGACGUAAGGUUGCCAAAGGUUUUGUUCUCUGGAGCGCAAUUCAGUGACAUGACUUCCCGAACUUCGACACUGUGCUCUCUGCGGACAAGAUUGGGACUGUGUCAUCAUUUUUCAACAUCGAAAGCCAGAGAUGGCCUAGGCCGAAGACUACAAUGGGCCAAUGAAAAAUAUGAACAUUUACUACAACAACGUUUGCCACGGUUUUAUAUUCUGUACAGUACAUUUCUGAAUGGAUUUCGACUCUUAUUUCAAGAUGCCAAAGAGGUGAGAGAGAUUAAGACCAGAAUGCUUUCCAACAAUACAGAUCGCUGGAAAUUGCCUUAUCGUGAGCUGGAGAAACUCAGGCAGUUUCGUAGAGAUAUGAUCAAAGCCAUCCCACUGCUGCUGAUCUCCAUACCACCCUUUGCUAACUAUGUGGUAUUUAUCCUAAUGUAUCUCUUCCCCCGACAUGUCCUGAUUCCACAUUUCUGGACAUCUCAGCAGCUUGUGGAGUUCCAAGCUGUUUAUCACUCCCAUCGAGUUCAAUCGUACAGACCUGUGAUCGAUGGCCUGAUGCGAGCAGUUCCAUCUAUCAAAGAUGUUAAUCUCCAGAUGUCCCUCUUGGAGCUGUGUGGUAAGGUGCAGAGAGGUGGCCAUCCUACUGUCUCUGAAGUGCAUGCGCUGCGGACCUUGUUUGCUGGAUCAAUGCUAGGACUGAAGAGUCUGUAUACAGAUCACAAGAAACAGCUAUGCUCCCUACUCUUUCUUACUUCCAACCUCCCAUCUUUUCUGAUUGGCCAGCGAUUGAAUAAUCAUGCCAUAGAGUUAAUGCGCCUGGACAGAGCCUUGUCACAACUUGGGCUCCACCAACUCAGUGAUGCAGAGAUUAAACAGGCAUGUUACGUGAGGGGGAUAAAUGGUUACUCUUUGAGUUCAAGUCAGUGUAGAGAGUGGCUUGCCCAGUGGCUCCAGCUUUCCGUCCAUCUCAGAGAUCCAGAGGCAUCGCUGUAUUUGCACAGCAUGGUUCUUCUUACAGUAAACUACCCCCAGCCCCACCAUUGUUGGCAUUCUUCACUCCAUUCUCAGAGACUAAAGGAAUAUGAAGACAAAAUACUAUAAUAAUUGAUUAAUUAAAUGUAAACUAUGCAGUAUUGGCAAUUUCCUUACUGUUUUCUCGGUUUUUGCUUUUUUUUCGCUGGCUCUGUCAUGAUGAAUGUCUGAGAAACUCCAUCACUACCUUUU